GUGUGAAACAUUUGAAAUUCCAACUUUCGUUUUCGUAUUGUACAAUUUCAAUGUAAGAAUGUCGAGGGUACCAGAUUACGCUCACAAUUUAUCACUUAAAAUGUCUCAAGUGAUGGAUAGGAUUUGUGUUAGCGAGAAGAUAGUGAUGAAAAGAAGAAUAUCAGGGCUACUGCGUGAAUCACUAUUUGCGUUUAAUCAUAAGCUACGCGAUAAAGAUUUGAAUGUAUUCUUGUUCGGUAGUCAAAUAGAAGGAACAACAACUCCAGGAUUACAGCCGGACGUAGAUUGUAUUAUAUCUAUAAAGAAUUAUAAUGUGAUACAGGACUUGAGUGCAUGGCAAAAUGGUAAAGUUAAUUUGUUGAUGAUACAAAAUGAGAAUGUCUCACCAGGAUAUUGUUUGUUACAAGCGUUAAGAGGUGAUGCGCCUCUACCACAAGAAGUUGAAGUUGAUGACAAUUUCUAUAGAGACAGAAUGGGUAGACUAUUGUUAAAAAAUACAAUGUUUGAUGGUUUACAUGACGCAGUAAGAAACGGCCCUGCUCAUUCUUUUCAAGGUGUUCCUGGACUCGAAGAUAGUGAUUUCGUUGCUGCCUUGCCCUGUGAUUUAAGACCAGUUCAAGCACAGCAUUGGUUUAAUCAGCAUGGAGAAGAGCAUUGGCCUACAAGUGGUAUGAUACAGUACUGCAGUAACACACGAUGUUUUGUUGUAGGCGUUGGAAAAACAGGAAUUGCAAAUGAAAAGUUUGAAUGGAGAAUAUCAACAUCAUUUGCAGAGAGAUUUUUAAUGUUUACUCUAAACAUAACACAAAUUAGAUGUUAUGUUUUGAUGAAAAUGAUUUUGAAAACAUUCAUAAAACAAAGAUUUCCUAACAGCAUUUCAAGUUUCAUGUGUAAAACCGUUUUGUUACAUUGUAUUUCAGAUACAAGAUCUGACGCAUGGAAGGAAAAUACCCUCUUUACUUGUCUAUCAUUUUGUUUAUUAAGACUUUACGACUGUGUUCAAAAUGAAUACUGUCCUCAUUUCUUCAUCACACAAAAUAACUUGAUGAGCGGGCGAUUUACUCCAGAAACAAAGCCGUUAAUACUUAAAAAUCUUCGAUAUGUAAUCGAAAAUAAUAGAAGGGCAUUACUCGGAAUUGAAUGCGACUACUUUGGUUCAUUUCUUCAGUCAAGUUUAAACGGUAUUGAAAUUUAUAUACCAACACAUUAUAUGCCAACAUUCAUUGCUUGGGAUAUACUAAAAAAUUCAGCCCUUGCUAUAAGCAUAGAAGUCAAAGUUCUGUUACGUGACGUGAAUAAUUUAUCACCAAGACUUGCAAUGCAAAAACUUUUAAAAUUUAUUUCAAAUCACUAUUUUCAGAAUUUCAUAUUCGAAAAUAGAAAAGCUUACCGUUUGUUAUCAAGAUAUUUAUUUAGUACUCUUGGAUCUAUUCUAGCAUCUUUAAACAUCAACCAACAAGACAAUUUAGCAUUUAAGAAGGCGCUUUCAUGCAUGUCAUUAGGACUUGACACCGAUGUAGCAUCUGGUAAACUGAAACUAGCAUCAAUGUUCUAUUGUACCGGAGAUAAUGUGAGGACUGAACUUAUCCUGAAAAAUAUCGAGGAGUGUUAUGAUCUAAGUGCUGUUGAACCAAUGUGUGGGUGUUACUUUUUCAAGUAUGCCCAACCAAGAGAAAAAUUCUACAGAUUAUGCUACGAGUCAAUCAAAGAAUGCGCACUACUUAAAGAUAUAACAGCAUCAUGUGUCUGUUUUAUAAAAUGUGAAAGAAACUGUUGUCCAUUAGAACUUCAACAUGAAAUGUUUAGAUCAAAACAGGAAAACAUUGCUUACAGAAAUGAAUAUGAGUAUUGGAUGGACAUGGCCGUUGUAGAUUCUCUCCCUUACCUCUAUUUCAUGCAGUACAAGACAUAUUCCCGUCUAGGAAGACAAGAUGAUAAACAGAAGGCUCUCUCUAACAUUGCCAGAACCAUUGAUGUUGAACCAAAUCUCGGACAUAGGGAAACAGCACUUAAUCUUCUAGGACAGUGUAUGGAACAAGAGAAUAAUGUAGAAAAUGCUUUCAAAUGUUAUGCGCGUUCCCAUCAGAUUAGAGGACGAUAUAAUUGGGCAAAAAUCCAUAUUUGUAAGCUGUUAAACAAAUUGAUCAAUAACUAGUUAUAACUUAUUUUGGAACAGGAAUACCGCAAGGAAGAUUCUUCGAAAUGCUUUCUGAUGUCCUUAAACAUACGAAGUAGAUAUAAUUCAGCAAAGUUUCAUAUCUUUAGACUGUUAGCAUCCAAUCAUAAGUUAUAUGUUUAAGGGCAUACACAGAUUACUUACAUUGCAACAGCGUAGGUAUGGUUACGACAAACGUAUCAUAACCAAGCAAAAUGCUUUGAUUGCCACAAAAAGUCUUUACAUACAGAAGGGAAGAAGCCUUUUGGAUGAACAUGGCCAUUGUGAAUUAGUUUAUUUUAUUUUCUGCAAAACAAGAUAUCGUGGGAUAUAAUAGGAAAUAUAACAAUAAACAGAGAAAUAAUAAUCCCUUGAAUAGAUAUCGAGGACAUAUGACAAAAACACUGAACAUUCGUGUACAGUGCAUAUUAUACAUUGUCAUUGUAAUGAAGUAACAAUGUUUGCAAAAGUAUCUUACAUCAGUCACUUAUUCUAUAGUUUGAACGUUAUUAGUUUAUAUAGAAAUUGGCCAUCAGUGUUUUAUGAUUGCUAUACCAGAGUUCUUUAUUAAUGGUGGGGUGUUUUGCCAAUUAACUGUCAAUUCAAACACAAUGUUAUUUCAAGUAUGUCAUCGUUGUUAUAUCAGAUACGGUAACAUUUUUAUCCGAGUGAAAGUAUAAUCUUGGUAUUUGUGUCAGAUGUUGAGUAAUAAAUCAUAUAAAAUUGCUAAUAUACUCUUAUGGUGUCUGUGUUUUACAAACAGUUCUAUUUUUUCAGUAGUGACAUUGUUAAAUCAGUAUUUUGACAGUACUUAAACAUUUUAUAACAAUAUAAUGGUACAUACUUUUUUCAACUUAUUUUCUGUUUGAUAGUUUGUCAGCAAUUAAAAUAUCAUGUAUUUUAAAUGUAAGGAACACAACUUGUAUUGUUAUAUAAUGUAUUCACGUACUUCAGAGUUAUCUGUUCAAUGUUAUGAUUAAAUAUUUUGUCUGAAUAUGCUUUAGAUCUUCAUAAUUUUAUUAUAAAUUUCUUCACGUGUAGGUGAAAGUGAACACUUAACAGUGUUGAUAUUUCAGAUACAUCAUAAAACUGAAGGUUACUUUUGCUCCGGUCAAAAGUGGCCCAUUUUUUCAUUUUAAUAUUAUGUAUGUUUAUUUUUCUGGUUCUCAAAUAAAUAUAACACUUAAACUACUGAAUUUGUGUU